AUGUUUUUUAAUAAACGUGUAGGAUGGCCACGUCCCAUCAAAUCCCAGCAACAACAACAACAACAAAAGCAGCGGCAACGUUAUCAUCACACUCAGCAACCAAACGAUCAAUUGCCAUUUUUAUCACGGUCACGAUUUAGUGCUUUGCCACAUUUUCAUGCCACAGCCGCACAUGAACACGAUGCAAAUUUAACACUAUUUAUAGCGAUUUUAUAUGUAAUCGAUAUGUUUGGUGUAUUUCCGUUUGUAACACUUCCGGCUUUACUCGUUGAAUUGGGUUUCUUUGGCAUACCACUGGUCAUAUCGGUGGUGGUGCUGCAAAUCUAUACAUCGUUUUUAUUAAGCGAAUGUUGGACCAUGGCUCAGUCUUUGGAUUCCUCUAUAAGCAAUAAAAGCAGAUAUCCAUAUGCCGCUAUAGCUGAUUUGGCCUAUGGACCAUAUGCUAGUUUUUUGGUUACCAUACUCUUGGACGUUAGCAUAUUUGCCAAUGGCAUACCAAAUAUUGUUAUGGCUUCUCAAAACUUGGAGUUGGUUGGAGAUCGCAUGACCAAUGGCCAGUUUAUAUUUUCAUUUUGUUAUUGGGCCAUCAUAGUGGGUAUCUUUUUGUGUCCCAUGGCCUGGUUGGGUAGUCCUAAAAAUAUGAGAGGUUUGGCUAUUUGCUCAGCCGUUGUGAUGAUUGUAAUUGUGAUUUUACUGUGGUUCUGUUUAUUUACGGCUUCUCCCAUUGGCAAACCCUUCGAAGGUGUUAGCUUUGAAUUGCCAUCAUUUUUAACCAUCUUAAGCGGUUACAGCAUUUUGGCUUUUCAAUUUGAUAUUCAUCCCAUGUUGUUGACUUUGCAAAUUGAUAUGCGGCAAAAGAAUAAAGUCGGCUGGGCUUCUUUCAGCGGCAUUGCUACAACAUCGACUAUGGCCAUUUUAGGAUCAAUUAUAGCUGCCUACAAAUUUGGUACCAUGAUCGCCGAAAACGUUUUGGAGACUUUGCCCCGCAGUCUACCGCUAUAUAUACUACUGAUAUUGGUAACAGUACAACUGUGCUUUUCGGUGACGGUGGGCAGUUCAGCUUUAUUUAUGCAGGUUGAAAACUUUUUCAAAAUAUCGGAAGUAUUCUCCCUCAAACGUGUCUUCAUCAGAUCCACAGUGGUGGGUCUACAGGUUAUGAUCUCUGAGUUUCUACCCAAUUUCGAUGCCUUAAUGGAUAUAGUGGGUGGUACCAUAACGGGACCUUUGGUAUUCAUAUUACCACCCUUGCUGUAUAGACGUAUGGUCCAGCUGGAGCGUUAUCAUCAACGUAUAGCCACCGAGGCGGCAUAUGGCAGUCUGCCUUUGGACUUGAAUUAUGAACCCUUAGAAGGACCACCACCACAUAUGGAACCAAACACUCGCAUCACUUUGGCAGCUCUUUUAGAUGUCUGUUGGCUGCGUACCAUCUACACUUUUAAUCGUUUGCAAUGCGAUUUAUCAUGCUCCAUGGCUGUCUUACUGUUUGGUAUAUUGGCUACAUUUUUUUCGACUUAUUUAAAUCUGUUUCAGUUAAAUGAACUUUUUCGUAAUAAUUCACCAUGUUUUCACAAUUUAACCGCAAGUAAUAACAAUUAGUUUUGUUAUUACAU